AUGCUUAAGGUAAUAGACGCCCGCUUCACUAUAAAUCCUGAAGUUUGGAGGUUGGGUUUUGUCAUUACAUCCAUAGAGCAUGAUGUGAACCAGUUAAUGAUUGCCCUGGACACAGUAGCGCAAGGUAGACUAAGCAACGCUAUAAUCAGCGCAGCCAAGCUAAAGGAAACACUAGCUACUAUCGAAGACCAACUUCCUAGUAAUUACGCUUUUCUUCGUGCAGUCCGCAUGAUGGAUAUACAUAACUUUUAUACUAAAUCCUACACCUAUGCUAUUUUCUUCAGCGGCUCUAUCCAAAUCCUAGUGGAAUUCCCGUUAACCACUCUAGGUCGAACAUUCACCCUUUACCGAGUAAACACUUUUCCUUAUUACAACGCCAAAGUUAAUGCUACGAUCGCCAUCAGACCUUCCAUUCCCCUCCAGGCUGUUUCAAAUGAUGCUAUGUCGUUCUACGAAAUGAAGGAUCACGAACUUACUAACUGUAUAUCCUGUAAAAUGGCAUUAUUCCGAGGUGAUACCAAACCGUAUCCAGCUUAUGCUAAAAGAAAAUUUCGACACUCCCAACCGCAACUACCGUGCCGACGGACAUAA